CUAGCUGUGCAAUUGUCAGUUACUCCAUCUUUCAUUUCUUCUUCUUCUCCAAACUUACUACAGUCGGAAAACACUUUCUCUCUCUUCCAUUUUUUUUUCCCAUUUUCUCUCUUCUCUCUGCCGUGAACAUGGCUCCAAAGAGGCGUAGAAGUGAAGUUGAGAGUCUCGCUGAAGUAGAAAUUGCACCCACUGCCGAAGUUGCGCCGCUGAGAAGGGUAACUCGGAGCUUGACUCUUCCAAGAUCAUCGCCGCGACAUUCACCCAUGAAGUCAGGCAGGAAGGCUAAAGCGACACCGGAAGUAUCCAACAAGAGAGGCAAGAAGGCUAAAACGGCACCGAAAGCGACACCGAAAGAACCCAAAGUGGAGGUAGUGGACGCUGCUUCUGAGAAAGAGGUGAGUGACGAUGAACCGCCCAAGAAGAAAGGCAGGAAGGCCAAAACGACACCGAAAGUAUCCAAAACGACAACUGAAGAAAAGGAGGAGGACGCUGCUUCUAAGAAAGAGGCGAGUGACGAUGAACCACCCAAGAAGAAAGGCAGGAAGGCCAAAGCUACACCUGAAGUGCCCAAGACUACAGCUGAGGAGGAGGAUGACGAGGACCCCGCUUCUGAUGGUUCUUCCGCCUUCGAGGAUGCUACUUCUGAGAAAGGGACGGGUGACGACGACGAUGAAGACGCCGCCGACGACGAUGAAGACGCCGCCGACGACGAUGAAGACGCCGCCGACGACGAAGAUGCUGCUGGUUCUUCUUCUAAGACUACUACUGUCGUCAUUGAACACUGUAAGCAAUGCAGUUCAAUCACAAAUAAGGCUAAAGAAGUGCAGGCAGGCUUAGAGGAAGGUGUUCCUGGUAUCAAUGUGCUGAUUAACCCUGUGAAGCCAAGAAGAGGAUGUUUUGAGAUACGGAUGGAAGGUGAGGAUGGGGAGACGUUCAUUAGUCUUCUGGAUAUGAAGAGGCCAUUUAAAGCACUGAAAGAUCUCGACUUGGAGGAAGUCAUUGCAGAUAUCAUCAAGAAGGUUCAGGACAAUAACUCUAACGAGGAUUGAUGUCAAUCUGUGCCGUGUUAAGCUUAGAGGAGCGUUCAUUCUUUUGUGGUGUCUUAGAACACAUGCUAAUUUGUCUGAGAACACAUGAAAAACAUAUUUUGGUUAGACUAGACUAAAGUAGGUGUGGUGUAUGUUAUAACCUUAGAAACUAGUAGUACUUGUUAUUCCCAAUUGAUGUGGCAGGGUUAGUACGUUUAGUGAGCUUACCAUCUCAGCUCCAAACUGUACACAGGUGGUGCUAGUGUGUGAUUACUGAUUAGUCAGUCAGUCUCUCUGAUCAGAGUUGAACUUAGGGAAAUAUCUGAUGAUUCCAAUCAUAACAUUUCUGCAUUGGAAGCUAAUGUAGCUAGCUAAUUUUUGUCUA